UCAUAAAUCUUUAUUUUUUAAUUUUAUUUUAUUAUUUGAGAUUUUAGGUAAUUUCAAUUCAAUUACUUUAAUAGCAUAAUUUACUUGCGCAUUUUUGAUGUUCCAUUUUAUUAGUUUACAUUUUAGCACAACUAACAUUUGCGCCUUCUCUAUUCAUUAACAUUCUCUGGUGUAGACGUCGGAUAGGAAAAUUUUAAAAAGUGAAAUUUAACUGAUUAAGGCGACAUCUGCUGCUGGACUAUAAUCCAAUUAGGUUCCACCUUCACGCAAUUUUAUAAAUUAAAAGUGUAAAAAUACAAAUUGAACGAUUUUCGUGCGUGUCUUAUAGGAAGUUCUACAUGUUGGCUCCAUUGUUGAGCGUUUGUAUCAAACUUUGCUGACUUAGUUCCAAUUUUGAAUUCAAUUCUAUCUAAUUUUCGAAUAUGUUCGAGUUGGCAUCUCUGGUACUUUUCAAUCUACUUUGUGGACUGUAGAAUACGGAAAAAAUCAUUCGAAGCGUGGUUGAAAAUUUGUCGACUCGUACUCGUUCUUGCGGAUUUUUUCACGGCAAAUAAUCUAAUGCAAUAGUGCUAAAAAUUCAUUUUGUUCGUAUUAAAAGUGAAGCGAAAUAAUGGCUAUAUAUUGUUUUAUAAAGAAAAAGUGUGUAAAAUAAGUGCGAAGUGAGAAAGCCGAAAAUUUCUCGAACACCUUCGAGAUAUCUGAUUGUGAGUGGCAAUCGCUAUCGAGAAGAACGAGAAGAGGGAAAAAAGUUGGAAAAGGGCGCUCCGCUGGCAAUUUACAGUAAUAAAAAGCAACUUCACCUCGAUUCAGAUAAACUCAACACUCCCGCUCACUUCACGUUCCACUCGGCGUUCCAAUAACUACGAACAUAUACACACACACAGACAUUUUGCUGGCAAUACGUUCAUUAUAGGCGGUACGUAUUUACGGGCGCGAAUUCAGUGGCAACGAGUGAUAUAUUUUUUUUUUCCUAAAUUAUCGCUGUCAGCGCUGAAUUAAGUAAAGUUAAGAAAAAACAAUAAAUAAUUUGUAUGCAAUUAAAAAGACAAAGUUUCCGAGUAAUAUUAACUCUUCAAUAUUUAUAAUUGUAUUGCGGAUGAAAAUCUACAAAAGAAAACUCUAGCAUCUUAUAAAGCGGGCUAAGUACGUUGAUUCCAACUCGCUGCCGGUACAAAUGCUGGCAUUUUCGGUGUAAUUACCACACUGCCAAACGAGUUUGCAAGAAAACUUCUUAUUCGUUUCGUUUAUGGUCGUCAAUGGUGCAAUUUGAUCUAUAUAGAAGACAAUAGUUAAUUAUUUAGCGCGCAACGCUUCGUAACGGACGACGCGAAACUCCAAGAGGAUUGCGCAUACAAUUCCCGUUCCGUGAGAAGAAGACUGCUUUGAAUGGAUCCUUUUGUCGGCUGGUUUCAAGAGGAACAGGAGGGUCCAGCAUUACGCACAUGGUGUAAAAUUUGGGAGACCAAUGCGCAUGAUAUGAGCCAAUUGUUGGAACAACAGAGCCAACAAUUACAACAACUGCAAAGCGUUGGCAACGGCAAAUUGAACGGAACGUUAAGUGCACGCGAUCGUGAUUCAUUACAAUUGCUACUACAGCAAGUUGGCAACGGCGGCUUGCGCAAUUCCAUAUAUAAUAAUAAUAACAACAACGGUAGUAGCGGCACAAAUAGUGGCAAUACAUCCAGCAACAAUUCUAUUGACUCGACGAGUAACAACGACUGUAUCACACCGGCCACUACACCAGUCAUAGGAGGCGGUGAUAAUAAUAGCACGAAAAUGCCGUCACACGAUCGUCCAAGUUAUUAUAAUCCAUCGCGCAGGAAAAUUGGGCGCAUAGUAGACAAUAAAGCGAGCACAUUCAACGUCAACAAAUAUAUGGGUAAAUUGGUAAUCAAGUACAAAGGCUGUCCUUGGCGUGUGCCGGGCUUCGAAUAUGGACGCGGAGUUAUCGGUUUACAUCAGGAAAUUGAACAGUUUUACAAUUACGUAUUACCUACGCCCACCGAACAUGCCAUACGCAACGAAGUCGUACAGCGCAUCGAGGCGGUGGUGCACUCAAUAUGGCCAAAAGCGAUUGUAGAGAUAUUCGGUUCCUUUCGGACGGGUUUGUUUCUGCCCACAUCGGAUAUUGAUUUGGUUGUUUUAGGGUUAUGGGAAAAAGCGCCAUUGCGCACGCUCGAAACAGAACUGAUUGCCCGCGGCAUUGCUGAGCCACAUUCGGUGCGUGUACUCGACAAAGCCUCGGUACCCAUCAUCAAGCUCACAGACCGCGAAACACAAGUGAAAGUCGAUAUUUCAUUUAAUAUGCAGUCCGGUGUGCAAUCGGCCGAAUUAAUUAAGAAAUACAAACAGGAAUUUCCACUGUUAGCGAAACUGGUGCUUGUAUUAAAACAAUUUCUGCUUCAACGUGAUCUCAAUGAAGUUUUUACCGGUGGCAUUUCCUCCUAUUCGCUGAUAUUGAUGUGUAUUAGCUUCCUACAAUUACACCCGCUACAAAUCGAUCAUGACAAAGCAAACUUGGGUGUGCUGUUGCUGGAAUUUUUCGAACUUUACGGACGUAAGUUCAAUUACAUGAAGAUCGGUAUAUCGAUCAAAAAUGGCGGCCGCUAUAUACCUAAGGAGGAUCUCCAACGCGAAAUGAUCGACGGUCAUCGUCCAUCGUUGUUGUGCAUUGAGGACCCGCUUACGCCAGGCAACGAUAUUGGUCGCAGUUCUUAUGGUGCAUUGCAGGUGAAACAAGCCUUCGAAUAUGCGUACAUGCUGUUGGCUAAUGCUGUGAGUCCACUCAACGAAUUCGGUAGUAAUUGCGCCGAACGCACCAUACUAGGGCGUAUAAUACGUGUUACCGAUGAUGUAAUCGAUUAUCGUGAGUGGAUACGUGAACAUUUUGAGCAUCUUGUGAUCCCCCAUACGCCCAAUAGUGGCAGUGCCGUUAAGUUCAUUCCGUCGAUGCUACCACCUGGCGUUCUGACACCACCACUGCAGCAUCAGCACAUGCAUCCACUGGCGCAGCAACAAUUGUACCAUCAACAACAGGCCGUGAUGGCGCAUCGGUUACGACGGAGUAGUGUCUCCUCGGGUGAGGACUCGGAGGAUAGCAAAGAAUGUGAUGUAGACUCAACGUCAUCUCCACCGAUUACGCAGCAAAUACAACAUCAGCAGCAGCAGCAACAUCAACAACAACAACAACUGCAAGCGAGUAUACAUAUGCAGCAGCUGUCACAACAACAACAACAACAAGCGCCAGCCUCCUCCCAAUUGCAAGCACAGCCGCAGCUAACGCAACUGCCGAUCCAGCAACAGCAACAGUUUGUACUACAGCAGCAGCAGCAGCAACAGCAACAACAACAAAUGCACACACAAUGUCCGCCUCCGCAAAAGCAGCAAUCGCCGCCGCGGCAACAAAAGCAACACUCACCGCCGCAGCAACAAAAGCAAUUAUCCCCGCCCCGACAACAAACACAGCAACAGCAACAACAGUUGCACGCACAGCAGCAGCAACAGCAAGCGCAGCAAAGAUUUUCCGGCCCCACAAAUCGCCGUCAAUUCUAUGUGCCACCGCCAAUGCAGCAGCAAUAUCAACAGCAACAACAACAAAUAUCCAAAUCGUCUUCUACCGAGUCGUAUACGAAUGCGACAAGUACGAGUGCUACUUCCAGCUAUAUUGGCAACAGCAAUAACAAUGGCAACAAUAGCAACAACAAUAAUAAUAAUAAUCGAUCACGUUACACACAACGUCCGUCACAACAGCAACAACAACAACAGCAAGUGCGUCAACAACGUGUGCAACAGCCAGCGAUGCGUCAACAACGUUACAACGCCAGAACUACAUCACCCGCGUCAACAAUAUCAUCCCGCCCAUCAACAAAUCCAAUGCAACGUGCGACACUCACCUCUGCUUCGUCGACAAUAUCGAUAAUUUCCAUAUCGUCGGAGUCUUCAGUGGGUUCGACAUCAUCGACGAACAGUUCGGGGUCGGCGUCAGCGUCAACAAAUACAAGAAUAGGUCAACAACGCAACCGUGAUGGUAACGACAGAAGGACGAAGAAGCACCAAUCGGGUAGCAGUAGAUCUAGUACCAGCAAAUAGACGUAUCAACAGCAAGCAGACUGUAUCGGUUAUGUGCACAUUACCGUUGGAGUUGCCAAAGCCAUUAAAAGCAGCAUCCAAAUCUCCCAAACGACUGCCUUGCGCUCAAGUGACAUGGGAAGCAUUUCGAAAGCACAACGAAGAGUUUGCGCGCGCGCUCAGUUUAUAACACACACACACACACAGUACCACACUUAUUAAAGCGCAUACACCAUAUUCUCUAGCACACUAUUAGGCAACUAGGAAAAAAUUAGUAUGUACGAGUUUAGGUAUCUUCAUGUAGACCUACAACUGGGCCAUACAUAAACGGCGGGAGUUGUGGCCAAUAGUAUGUAGACAUGCAAUAUAAUAUUACUGUAGCGGCGCUUUGUUGAAAGGUACAGUUGUGUAGGGGAGGGGGCAUCAAGAAACGAUUUGUGCUUGCAUUAUUCUAUAUCUAUAAUUACUGGGCUGAUAUUAGUAGAAAUAGUUGAUAACCUGUGCCUAUUUUAACGUAAUAAUUUAACAACUAAGCAAAAAAUGCUAAAUCAUUCAACCGUAACCUUAAAUAAUGUUUGUUGUGCGACACAACACACAUACACACACACACACAGUUACGACCGUUGUUGGAUGACGCCACUGAUUGAAUAAUAAUGUUAUAUAAUAUGUUUUGGGGUUGUAGUGCUGCCACACUAUGCAAAGGGUAUUAGAGUAGCGAUAAAUAAGAUCGGACAGACGAACAUGUUGGACGUUGCUUCGAAAAUGUCGCAGAGUCCACAGCAGCUAUGUAAAGAAAAUAUGUAGGAGACGCAGCGUGCUUAAGCAGAGCAGAAAAGUUGAAGUAGAUUUUAAGAAAAGCUAAGCUAUAAGGAAAUAUGUAAGCUACCUAGCAACAAACACACACAUACACACAAAGCGAGGGAAAAAUAGUAGGAAAUAGUGAGUGGGCGUUAGAGCGAUGAAAAUCAUUAAAAGUCAAACUUUUACCACAUAGAAUGCGCGAGACAUAAAAGCAAAAAAGAAACGGUUUGAAAGAAAGUUUAGUAGAAGUAGCAAGAAUUGCAGAAGCAGCGUAUGGAAAUGAAUACUAUAUGCUUGCUAGGAGAAAGUAAUGCACACAUGGAUUAUGAACAAAAAUUAAAAUGAGAAAGUAGACCCAAAAAAAAAAAAAAAUUAUAAUAUUAAAUAAUGCAAAGCCUAUUUGUAUUUAAUUGCGUUGAAUGAAUGCCAACAGUUGCGAUAUAGUUAGAAAACGAAUGCAGAUUUAAAUAAUACAUACAUGUAACUGCAAUCAAAUGCUUUCAGAAAUUAGUAUGUAAGUUAAGUUUUUCCCCAAAAUCUUUGCGUAUGUGAAUUGCAGUAGAAUCAAAGCGUAGAAUGGCAGUAUAGAUAUAGCAGCAGCAAAAAAGUUUCAUGUGAUAUUAAACGAACAAAAACUAAUGAUUACUAUACACAUACAUACAUACAUACAUACACACACACAAACAAACAAACACGCAGUGAAGAAAAAAGAAUUGUAAAGAAAAUUAGUGUAAAGAAUGCUCAAACUUCAACUUUUCUUCAGUAUGCUAGAUGAGCUUAGAAAGAAAGAUAAUGCGAAUGAUAGCAAAACAACAAAACUAUGUACAUACAUAUGUACGAGCAGCCUGGUAGUAUGUGUGGCAAGCUUUAGAAAGAAUUUAAAUUUUAAGCCGUAGACAAUACAGUUGUAAAAUCGGGUGGGAAGCGUUUUUCAAGUGAAAUUAUCAUUUUUUAAUGCGAAAUAGCGGCGUUACUUGCAAUAGCCAUGAAUUGAAUACUUUGUCUCAUGCACUAAUACAUUUUUUUUUUUUAUUACAAAUUAUAAUUUUUUUUUAGAAAACAGCUGAAAAUUGGUUUUUGAAACCGCAAAUGUAGUGCGAACGAUAGCAUAAAAUUAGUGUGAAGUCUGAUAAUAACGGCGCGUAAGUAAGCUUGUAGAGCAUGGUCAGUAUUUGUAAUUUUUUUUUGAAUUUUUCCUUAACAUUUUUUUUCAAAAACCACUCGUAGUUUGAGUGUGGGUGCAAUUUCCAUUGAAAAAAAAUAUAUUUGCUUGAAACUAUAGCAAUUUCAAAUAUAUAGAAUUGGCGUAUAAUUUGUAUAAAUGCAGUAUCAUGCUUAAACUGAAACUCGCAACGAGUGUGUUAAUUUGUGAAAUUUUGCGCAAAAAUUAUGCUGCUUCAAACAUCAUAAAUAGAAAGGAAUCUUAAUUUUCAAAUAGUUAUCUACAUAUAUCACAAAAGUAAAAUAAGAAACUAAAAAUACAAAUAAAUGGAUUCCAUUUAAUUUUUAAUUUUUCUAUAAUCUAAUUCUGCAUUGUUAUUUUUCAAUAUACAUUUGUUAUUCGUUAAAAGUCUUGAAACCAAUUUAGAUUUUCAAACAUUUUAAUUUACAAGCAAUUUAAUUUAUUUUUUGAUUUUAGAUAGAUUUGCAAAUAUUUAAUUUUUUUUUGUUUUAAUUUUAAAUAGAUUUUCAAGUAUUAAAUUUAUGUUUAAUUUAUAUAGUUUUUCAAAUAUUUAAUUCUUUUAACUAAUUGUUUUUUUUUAUUAAUUAUUGUUUUAUUAAUUUUUUUUAUAUUAAUUUUUAAUAUUAAUAAUUAAUUUAUUUUUAUUAUUUUUUUAUAUUUUUUUUUUAAUUUUGUUAAAUUUUUUUUUUAAAUUUUUUUUACAUUUUUUUAAAAAUUUUUUUUAAUAUAAUUUUUUUCUUUUAUUUAAAAUUUUUUUUUUAUAAAACUUCAUUAAUAUUUUUUUAUCUGUUAUUAUAGUUUAUUGUUUUUCUUCUAAAACUUCUAAAAAUUUGCACAAAAAAGUGGUUAAUAAAAAAAAUGUAUUUAAAUUUUAAAUUUUUUUUAUCUGAUAUGAGAUUGCGCGCCCCUUUCUAUUUGUGAUGUGUGAAGAAUUUGCGUUUGCUUUAAAGCGUUCGGAAAAUGUUGGCCAUACCCACAAGCUUUCUACACGCAAAACAAAAAAAAAAUAAUUUUUCAAAGCGUCAGUUUUCGCAAGCCAAGUGAUGAGUUUUGAGUAUUCCGUGUAAUGUUUCGAUAUUUUCUUUUAGGGUUUACAUGCACUGUAGGUGCGCUCGUUAUAGCUUUUGUUUUCGUAACAUUGGUUUUCUCCUUCGUUGGGCGGCGUUGAGAUUCAGGCAUAGCAAUAAAUGAUUUUUGCUUUUGUUUUUGUUUUUUUUUUUACUUUUGGGCGAUUAACAACACUCAAAAACAAACGUAAUUAGAAACGACUAUUAGAAAACAACAACCACACCAAUCACAACAAAAGCUCUACUUAGUUACUUACUUAGAUACAGUCGUUAAUUUUUACACAUUUCGUUACUAGCUAAGUUUCACAAUCAACAAAUUAAUUAAAGAUUUUUACUUAACAUAAGCAAGCCAUUAGCUAAUUAAGUGCAAGAAUUGUUUGUAAUAUUAUUACUAUCAUCACUAUUAUUAUUAUUAUUACUAAUAUUAUUAAUAUUAUUAUUAUUAUAUAAAUUUCCAUUUUAAACCAAACUUAAAAUUAUGUUCAAACGUAUGUUUAUAUAUGUAUAAAUUAAAUUCACCACUAUACGCAUGCAGUUACAUACAUGAAAUAUGGUCAAUGUCCCUUCUUAUCAGACGCCCCUGUCGCUGCCGGCAAAGCGCCGUCGCAGUUUUCGAUUUUCGGACACCCUAAUGCCGCCUGCGCAGCAUUUUCGCUGCUGCCGCAAUUUAUACAUAUAUAUUCAUAUAAACAACAACAAAAAAAAACUAUAUACAUAUAUAAAAUGCUGUUAUAAUUAAUGAUUACUAUUACGUUAUUACAUAACUAAUUACAUUUUUAAAUUAUAAAUGGAAUUAAUUUUUUAAGAUUUCAGCUUAGCAAAAGUGUCACUUUGUGCUGCACGGUACAAAGCAAUAAUAGCAAAUAACAAACAAAAA